AUGCAAAAUCAAACUAGACCUCCAUAUAAUAAUGAGUUAGAGAAUUUUCUUCAUCCAGGAGCACUCUUAUUGAUGAACACACCAGUAUUGCCAUUUUCUCCAAAUAUUAAGGAGACAAGUCAAGAUAUUCUUGAAAGGCAAAAUCAAACACUCCCACUAACACACUCUAAUACAGUACAAGUAGCUUCGUCAAUAGAUAGUGAGAGUGAACAGAUUGAGAAGGAGGACGAGAUGUUGACAUUGAUAACUACACAGGUGGUAACAGCUACCAAUAGUAUGGUGUCGAAUAUGUCAGCACCAGGUCGAAUGAUGAAUUCAGAUCCGUCUUUCAAUUGUAGCGAGACUGCUAUUCGGUCAUCUCGUCGACCUGUUGAUACUGUACUUGAAGCGGUAUUGAAUAAUAACAGUAACAGUAAUCAAUCGGAUGGAAAUGUUUUAUCCCAACAAUUAGAGCAUGCACCUUCACAUAUAGGUAAUAUGGAUCAGACACAGACGUCAGUUACGUCUGAGGACGUAGUUAAUGAAAUGCGAAGGGCUGCUCCUAUACACUCAUCUAUGCAGUUUGUAAAUAACGCCGAGGUACAGACCGAUAUUAGCUUUGAGUGCUCAACUGGAAAGGUCUAG